AGUUGUCUGUGAAUAGUGAUUAAUAUUUCAGUAUGUUAAUAGUUUAGGUUAUAUCCUAACACAAGUCAACAAGAGAAGUAGGAGAAGUAAACAGGAAAAAGCAAGGGCUUUGCCUCACAUUUUGUGAACAGAGGAAAGCCAGCCACGAGGCAGAGCGCCUGGUGCCCUGUAGGCCGGCAGGGAGGUCCCCACAUGCUGGACCGGCCCUGAGACCCAGGCCCUGAGCUGUCAGUUCUCCCUGUUUCUGGGUUAAGGAGCUCAGGAAGCGCAGAUGUGGCUUGAGAAACACAGCCUCCUAAUCCAGGGGAGUAAGAAGGCUUAGACUUAGGGCCAGGGUGGGAGAGAGCAGGGGAGAGACUGUCUUCAGGAGUGGGGCCUAGGUAUGAGGACGACACCCUGACUGCGUCAUCCUCCCUUCACAUCCUCUUCCCAGGCCCAAUCUGAUUGAGGCCAAGGGGUGCCUACUGUCGUGAAGCAGGGAGCCCUGAAUGCUUGGCCACGGCUGUGAUGUCACCGCUGCCUUUCUGGAAGACGCAAACAAUUGACUCUCCCUCAGACCUGCUGCCUGCGUCUUGCAGAAACCUUGUACAUACACUAUGGGAAGUGGUACCUCAGCCCAACAUCAUUUUGCUUUCCAGAAUGCAGAGAAAGCCUUCAAGGCGGCAGCCCUGAUCCAGAGGUGGUACCGGCGCUACAAGGCGCGCUUGGAGACGAGGCGGCAGUGCACUUGGCACAUCUUUCAGUCUAUAGAGUAUGCCGGACAGCAAGACCAGGUCAAGCUUCAUGAUUUCUUCAGCUACCUUGUGGAUCACUUCUCCCCCAGCAGCAACCAUGAGAGAGACUUCCUGGACCGUAUGUUCACCGAGGAGAGAUUCCUCCAGGACCCUGAGAUGGAGAAAUUUGGUGACUAUGAAUCUAUAGAAGUCCCAGACAAUUACACGGGGCCACACCUCUCCUUCCCACUCCUUCCUGACCACGCAACGGCCCUGGUGGAAGCUUUCAGACUGAAACAACAGCUCCAUGCUCGCUAUGUCUUGAAUCUUUUGCAUGAAACCAGGAAACACCUAAUACAACUGCCAAACAUCAACCGGGUCUCCACCUGUUACAGUGAGGAGGUCACAGUGUGCGGAGAUUUACAUGGCCAGUUGGAUGACUUAAUAUUUAUAUUUUAUAAGAAUGGCCUCCCAUCACCAGAGAGGGCCUAUGUCUUCAAUGGCGACUUCGUUGACCGAGGCAAGGAUUCAGUUGAGAUCCUGAUGGUUCUUUUUGCCUUCAUGUUGGUUUACCCCAAAGAGUUCCAUCUUAACCGCGGCAACCAUGAGGACCAUUUGGUGAACUUACGAUAUGGCUUUACCAAGGAAGUUAUGCAUAAAUAUAAGACACAUGGCAAGAAAAUACUAAAAAUACUGCAAGAUGUUUUCUGUUGGCUUCCUCUGGCCACUCUGGUUGAUGAGAAGGUCCUGAUUCUUCAUGGAGGAGUGUCAGACGUGACUGACCUGGAGCUGUUGGCUAAACUAGACAGGCACAAGAUUGUUUCCACCAUGAGGCGCAAAAAGAGAAAGAAGAACGGGAAACAAGCGAAGAAGGAGCAAGCCCACCAGGCGAGCUCCGCAGGGAGCCCGGCCCCGUGGUUUCUCCCCCAGAGCCGCUUUCUCCCCGCUUCGCCUCGCCGCCUCCAGGCGCACGGAGCCGGCCGCGCGGCCAGCGUUCCCUGCGGCGCCCCCGGGGACGCGCAGGCGCUGGCCCUGCAGGUGCGGCGCUCCGUGGACCUGGAGCUGGACCGGUGCCGGCAGCAAGCAGGCUUCCCGGUGAGCCGGAGCAAGGAGGAGGCCCCGCUCGGCGCGCCAGAGGCGGACUCGGAAGCCGAGGAGCCGCUGGAGCCCACGCUGGAGGAGUGGAGGCAGGUGGUAGAUAUACUGUGGAGUGAUCCAAUGGCUCAGGAGGGCUGCAAAGCCAACACUGUUCGCGGAGGAGGCUGUUAUUUUGGACCUAAUAUAACAGAACAGUUGCUACAGAAAUACAACCUGCAAUUCCUGAUCCGCUCACAUGAGUGCAAACCUGAAGGCUAUGAGUUCUGCCACAGCCGCAAGGUGUUAACCAUCUUUUCUGCCUCCAACUACUAUGAAGUUGGUAGUAACAGAGGGGCCUAUGUCAAACUGGGCCCGGCCCUGACCCCGUACAUCGUGCAAUAUCAAGCUAACAAGGUGACCCACAUGCUGAGCAUGAGACAAAGGAUCAGCAGAGUAGAGGAGUCAGCUCUGAGAGCUCUGCGGGAAAAGUUAUUUGCUCAUUCCUCAGACCUUCUUGGUGAAUUUAAGAAGCAUGAUACAGAUAAAACUGGUUUAAUCACCCUUAGUGACUGGGCAGAAGCCGUGGAGGCCGUGUUGCCUCUAGGGCUGCCCUGGCAGAUGCUGAGGCCACAGCUCGUGAACAGCUCACCGGAUAACACGUUGGAGUACAAGUCCUGGCUGGGGGACUUGGCCAAAGAACAACUGAACCAUGAGAACAUACAGUCGAGUUUGCUGGAAACACUGUAUCGAAACCGAUCCAAUCUGGAGACCAUUUUUAGGAUCAUAGACCGUGAUCAUUCCGGGUUCAUCUCAUUGGACGAAUUCAGGCAGACUUGGAAGCUGUUCGGCUCUCAUAUGAACAUCGACAUCACAGAUGACUGCAUCUGUGACCUUGCACGGAGCAUUGACUUCAACAAGGAUGGCCACAUUGACAUCAAUGAGUUCCUGGAGGCCUUCCGCCUUGUGGAGCAGUCCUGCUCAGAGGGCACUGCCUCAGCUCGCCCACAAGCCACAAACACUAACGACAGUAGCUGUAGCGAACCAGGCACACACUAAGAGCAGCCUGGUGUCCCUCGCCCACGGUGCCUCAUAACCAAUCCUGCACUUGUCGCUGGAAUAGCUCCUUUAUUCUCCAUAGAUAUGUGAAUUUUAUGCUGAGAAUUUGCCUACCAGUGUGUAUCAGAAUCACCUAUGUGGGUGUGUGCGGGAUAUAUGCAUAUAUAUACAUGUAUAUGUUUCCCCUCCCCAUCUCAGAAGUUUCACAAGACCUCCAUAUAAAUCCUUUUAAAUUCUGAAGUCUACCCCAGUUAAGAACCACUGAUAAUUCAAUCCCCUCAUUGUUUUCAUUUUAUACCUCUAACUUAUUGUUUUUAAAAUGUUGUAUUGAGGGACACUUGGGUGGUUCAGUUG